AUGGGCCUCUUGAAGUUCUUCUCGUCCAAAAGAUCAUCGGAAAAGUCAGCGAACAACAUUAAAGCGCAAGCCUACGAUGCUACCACGGCCUCUCUACCCCCACUUCUUGGAACCUACCCCGUCGCCGGAAAUGGCCCAACCAACGUCUUUGAGGACCUGCAACGGUCUCACCACAAGAUGAGCGAAUCCAAUCUUUCUCUUAUAGCCGGAUCCGAAGCAUCGGCACCCGCUCCGCCCGUACCACGAUUCCGCGAUGCCAGCGUUGAACGUCCCAGUUCCGCCCCGAACGGUGCCGGACCGAGUUCAUCGUCGCCAUCGAGUCGUAGAGGAAGAGAUUCUUCGAAGGGCCCACCGCUGUCAUUUAGGAAACCGCGUCUCGGUUCUGUGACGUCGACGGGGUCCCCGGCACCGCGACGUGGAAGCCAAUCGCCGGCGAUCCCCUUCGAGGGCGAGCCUUUCCGUCCGCCAACAGCCCCAUUCGCACACAAUCGCCAUUUCUCGAUACAGAGCAAUAGCUCCAUGGCCCGAGGUUUCAUCGAUAUCUUGGACGCCCAGUCUGAGAUCAAACCUUCCGGAUUCCAGAAUCGGGUUAAAGCGGCCGGCGUUCGGGAUUAUGGAGAGGAUGUUGCUGACAGGAACAUUGGUGAAAAUGGAGUCGACUUGGCGUCUGAGAAGGUCCAGGCAUUCUAUGCCAUCAACGGCGGUAGCCCUCAUGAUCGGCAAGAUGGCGCGCCCGCACCGUCUGUCUCAAUCGCCCAGUUUGGAGACAAAGACCAACCGUUCAAGCCUCCCCGACGCCACGACUCACUCGAUAUGGGCGGCCGAACGAAGUCUCUGACUUCGGCGAGCGUCGGCCAAAUCCCCUUCCGAACCACCAUUUUUAAUCCCGAUCGAUCGCAGAGGCACGAGACGAUCAUGGAAGACGUUCCCGAAUCGGCCCGCAGCCGACGAAGACAAUCUCUUGGGUCCUACUCCCUUGGAUCCUUCAUCCCGACUACCCCAUCGAACGGGCCGCUUGACGUCCACAAAAUAGCCGAUUCAUCCGUCUCGCCUAGCACCAGGAGACAGAAACGGCGAUCAACGACCGGUGGCGAGGCACCACUCAACGAAUUGGGUAUCUUCAGCACACGACCGACCGAAUCGCCAUCGUCGCCAAAGACAUCGCAGAAGCCGGUUUACGUGGUCAAGCACAACUACUCGCUGCCAGUCCAGCAGCGACCAAAGACCUCCGGCCACGCGCAGCCCGAGACUUAUCAAGCGGUGAGGCCGCCAUCCCGCGGAGGGUCAGUAGCCAAUUCCACCUUCUCCUCCCCAACCCAGAAAACGCCCUCAAAACGACAUACUCUGUCACUGUCCGCGACAGGUGUGCCGUCCUUCCGCAACGGCGAGUUGUCGUCACGGAAUGUGAUUCCCGACGAUGACAACGACGCAAGAGGGCGGGUCGGCCGGGUUGAGGUUGAGAGCUUUGUUGAUUCUGGGGAUGGAUCCUCACCGGCGCCUUCACCUCAUGUGAUGAGAAAUGGCCCCUCGUGGCGUGAGAGCCAAGACGAGCGGUUGAAAAACAACGGGUCGCCGCGGAAGAACAAUAAGCUCGACGAGAUUUGCGAGCAUGUGCCGAUCCGGACCAGUAGCCUGCGCCACUGGUCGAUAUCCUCCGCGACGCCGACCAUGUCAAGCACCAGCUCAUUCCCGCGACCGCAGUCUAGACAUACAGCCACGACAUCUGUCGAUCUGGCAACCAUGUCCUCGUUCAUGAACGAUAGCUGCAGCUCAUUGCACAGCGGGACUGCCGACCACACCUCGUUCUGCACCGCUCUCGAGAGCGCGCUACCAUCGCCAGUGGACGCGGCCACUCCAGGCGCAGGUUUCAACAUUGACGACUACCUCUCGUCAGACGAUGACGUUGACGCGGACUCGUUCAUUACAACGCGCCAUCGCGACUCAGGUCUUGGUGCGACUCAAGAGGAGGAGUUGCUGUUUAGCGACAGUGGCUACGGCGAAGCAGGUCUGCAGCUGCCAGGCCUAUUUGACAGCCUGUCUGCUGUUCCGGAGCCCAGUUAUGUAUCGCCUUCGCGUCCCAGCAUGCGGCAGUCCCACAGCUUCGGCAGCCCUGUGCGCUUCCAAAGGAGACUGUCUCUGGACCCGAGGGUGGAGGCACCCAUCUUCUCACUUGAUGAAGAGGAUGAUGGCCCUGGUGACUAUGACAUCCUGCCUGCUCGGGCAGACCUAGCCCUUGGCAGGCGGGGCACCAGGAGGAUCUCGGCCAUCGGGACGGUGUACCAGAGUAUCGAAGAAGAGAGAGAAGAAAAGGUCGACGUCAGGACGGCGAUUCGACUAAGAAAGGAGGCCAAGGCUAAGCAAAGAGCCAUGGCAAGGCUCAGCAGGGUGCAGCGGAGAAAAGCUGUGGAUGAUGAAGCGGACCAUGCUGAUGUGGAGUGA